AGCAUCGGGCCCGUGCACAAGAGCCUCGAGGUCGGUCACCUUGAUGAAGGCCUCGCUGGUGGCAAAGGCGAAGACAGAGCCAAGGGGAGUUAGGAACCUGUUUGGUGGUGAAAUUGGGGAGAUUUCUUGAGAAAGACCAUAGAAUAAUUUGGAGGAAGUUAGGCGUGGGGGAAGGGAGACCACUCACCUAAGUAGUUCUCGCCAUCCUGCCAGAUACUGAGACAACUCCACAUCCCCUUCAGGCCUCAUACAGGCCAGGAAGGGGCUCACCAUGCGACCCAGCACCCCAUCGGGCUCCAGACAGGGAAGCUCUUCCUUCUCUGGGACCACUAGGGGUCUGAACGCUGGGCCAAUCUGGGAGAUAGAUAUAAGAGAUAAAUGAAAAGUUCCUAGCCUGCUAGGCCUACUUAGGGACUGUUGGGCUCUGAAGAAUGUCCCUCAGGUUUAGCUGGGGUUCCUCCUGGUUAUUGACAUCUGAAGGGGCAAGGGAACAGAGAGGAAGGAGCCUCCUUUCAUUAGAUCCUCAGUCUGGUUCCCCUGUUUCCUUGUUCGGAGUCCCCAGACUCUGGCCUUAAAAUCAAACAUACCUGGGAAGGUAGCGGCCCCUCUGGAUUGCAGGACUGCACCCCAGGCCUGCAGCCUGACAAAACACCUGAGGUGAAGCUAAGCAGAGAUGUGAGGACUGGAGAAGGAGAAGGGAGCUUGAGUUCCCACAGGCCAGACUCCUGGAUUCUCCGAGCUGGUAACGCAAAGGGCCACUCAGGGAAGAGCCAUACACUGAUGUAAAGAAGUAACAGAGUGAGGAUAGCAAAAGGAAUUGCAUGGCGGAACCAGCGCCCCAGUGCUAGGGACCGUGAGACCCCCAUGACCAUCGCUGGCACACCUCACCUAGCUAGGUGGUGGCCUUUCCCUUCCUGUGGUGUCCAGAGGUGUAGAGGGUUAAUAAUUAACCUAUUAAGGCCCCCUCCCCUGUGUCCUUUGCCCUAGAGGUCAGAUCCUGGGGUGAGAGACCUAAUGAAGAUUUAGGGGAUAUAGUGUGUGACCUGUCUCUGCAUUGCCUUUCCUGUUAGCUUUCUUGCUAGCUUGUAGUAAAAGGCAGCAUCUUGUGUGUUCUUCUUAAAUCGGGGCAUGAAUCUGUAAACUUCAGAUAAUGGGUCUUUGUAAAUCUCAUGUGAGGAUCAAGUGACAGCGAGUAUGAAAACAUUCCAAGUGGAACGCGGAGCACAGCUGCCCAAUGCUUCUUACAUGGGGUCCAUCUGCUGGUCAUAGAAGGAAAGGCAUUCUGGGAAAAGAUUCAAGAUUGUUAAGCAAGGCUGGAUAAAGGAGAUGUAAUACCAGAACACAGGAGGCCAAGGCCAAAGGGUCAAGAGUUCCAGGAAAUAUAAUUUCUCUCUUCUUGCGAUGAUUACAUGAGCUACGACUGCAGAGUGCCGAUCACAGCUAUUGAUUCACAGGCAAUGCGGGAUGGAGGUGAAGACUAAAGCCAGGCUGCUACUGCUGCUGGGGGUGGUGUGCUAUGGACACGCACAGAUUCGCAGAGAACCACGCUAUGCAUCGAUUGUUGACGUGACCAAUGGUGGCACCUGGGGUGACUGGGCCUGGCCUGAGAUGUGUCCUGAUGGAUACUUUGCCAGUGGGUUCUCUGUCAAGGUGGAGCCCCCUCAAGGUGUCCCUGGAGAUGACACGGCCCUGAAUGGGAUCCGGCUGCACUGCACUCGAGGGAACGCACAGCAGAACACCCACGUUGUGGAGUCCCAGUCUGGAAGCUGGGGCUCAUGGAGUGAGCCUCUGUGGUGUCCCGACACUAGCUUCCUAGUGGCUUUCUGCCUUCGGGUGGAGCCAUUUACAUUUCCUGGAGACAACACUGCAGUGAACAACGUGCGUUUCCGCUGCUCAGACGGCGUGGAGUUGGAGGGGCCUGGGCUGAGCUGGGGAGACUACGGGGAGUGGAGCGACUCCUGUCCCAAGGGCGUCUGUGGCUUGCAGACCAAAAUCCAGAAGCCAAGAGGCCUCCGAGAUGACACUGCGCUCAAUGACGUCAGAAUAUUCUGCUGUAACAGCUGAUGCUGUCACUCUGCCAGUACUGCCUUUUACUAUUAAAGCUUCUUGGUCUUGGC